AAGUAGAAACUAGCAGCCAUGCACCCCCUUUCUUGACUUACAACCCUAUUCUAUACUCUUCUAUAUAAACCCCCAUACGCCCUUCCUUUCUUUCUCAUCAGAAUCUUCAACUAGAAAGAAAGAAAAUAAGAACACACAAUAAAAGAUCAAAAUCUUCUUUCUUUCUAAUCUAUUUUCUUUAUAACAAUGGCUGGAUCAUUAUCAAACACUAAACUUGUUCUCACUGCUCUCGCUGAUGGUAUCUCUCUAUCUAUCAACAGAUCUCGAGGUAUUACAUCAGUAUCAACACAAGCCGUUGGAUCAACUGUGGUAAAAGGUGAAAAGGUAGUGAAAAAACCAUCACCAGGAGGAGCAGUGACAGAAGUAUCUCCUUGGAUCCCUGAUGCAGUUACUGGUUAUUACAGACCUGAGAAUCAUGCUAAUGAUAUUGAUGUAGCUGAACUAAGAGACACACUCCUCAACCAGAAGACCAAUCAUCACUAGAAAGAUCUACGCCGGCUGCCAGCAAGGUCUCAUAAAUGUCAGGGACUGCUACACUUAUCCAGUAUCGAUCAUGGCAAAACUCUAUUUAGAACUUGUUGGCCGGGACCUAUAUGGGGAAGACCUACUAAAUUCUGAUCCAGUCCUUGUGAAGUUGUGCUUUGUAUAAAAAAAUAUUAAUGAAAUCUUAAACACGUAAAUGAAAUCAUAUUAAUGAUUUAAGUAUCUUGUAUAUUUUGUGAUUUCGGAACGAAUGAGUCUUGUUAA